GAAUAAUACAGCUGAAUUUUUCCCCCUUCCUCUGUAACACCCUAAUUCCACAUACGACUCGUUACGAUCUCUUUCAAAAACCCUAGCCGAUCUCUCGAUCUUCUUCGUUCUGCCUUUUGUUCAUAAUCUGGGGUUUUGAUUUUAUUUGAUUGAAGAUGUCAGAAUCAUUGAAUAUGACUCUUGAUGAGAUUGUCAAGAGAAGUAAGACCGCUGCGAGGUCUGGAGCUAAAGGAAUUUCCCGACGUGGCCGUGGUGGUCGUGGAGCAAAUGGUUUUCUCGGAGCUGGAAGAGGAGCUGGACCUGUUCGCAAAGGUCCUCUCGCUCUUAAAGUUCGACCAUCAUCAUCCUUCUCGAUAAACAAGCUUGCCCGCAGGAAGAGGAGCUUGCCAUGGCAGAAUGAGUUGUUUGAAGAUAGCCUUAGAGCCGUUGGUGUAUCAGGAAUGGAAGUCGGAACCACUGUUUAUGUUACCAACCUUGAUCAGGGAGUGACAAAUGAUGAUAUAAGGGAACUCUUUGGUGAGAUUGGGGAGAUGAAAAGAUAUGCAAUUCACUUCGACCAAAACGGUCGUCCAAAUGGCUCGGCGGAAGUUGUGUAUAUGAGAAGAAGUGACGCAUUCCAAGCUAUGAAGAGAUACAACAAUGUACUGUUGGAUGGAAGGUCUAUGAAACUGGAGAUUCAGGAUGGAAAUACCAAUGCUGCCCCUAUUGCAGCUCGUGUUAAUGUAACUGGAUUGAACGGGAGGAUGAAGAGGACUGUUUCCAUUGGGUAUGCUGUUACCAUUUCUUGGUCUAUCUAUUUACAGGAGAAUAAACUAAAUGUAUUAAACCUAUUGAUGAUCAAUGAUUCUUGCAGACAAGGGAUUAGAGGUGGGAGAGGGAAAGGAAGAGGAAGAAGUGCAGCUACUUCUGUGAGACGCCUUCCAAUCCAAAACCAACAAGGAGGUUUGAGAGGUGGUCGUGGUAGAGGCCGAGGCCAAGGCGGUGGUGGUGGCAGAGGGAGUAAAAGCGGUCGUGGCAGAAAGAAGCCAGUGGAGAAGUCGGCUGCUGAAUUGGACAAGGAUCUUGAAAGCUAUCACGCUGAAGCUAUGAACAUCUCUUAGAUUUCUGCAUCGUGCCCUUUGUCUUUUGUCAUUCUCUCUAUGUUCUGUGUUUUUCUUACUCUGACAAAUACCGAGUUGCUAAAGUCUGUCUGGUUUGGUUUGAUUUUCGGUUAGGAUGCUCUGCGUUGAGUUGUUUAUCGUUUCUGUUUACAGUCACUUUGGUUGUUGAUCUAAAAAGAUUAGGUGUAAAUGGAAAGCUAUUACCGUUUUUGAGCUAUCAAAA